CUGUCGGGAUCUUCUCUGGUCUCUGUGCUGAUCAUGGACUUUUCUGUCUACCUCCUGACUCUGCUUUCUGUCCUCUCUCAGUGCACAGCUCAGUGGUGUUACCAGAGCCAGUACUCCUGUGACGACACAUGCAGAGAUCCCACCCGCUGGGCAGCUCAGUUUCCAAGCUGUGGAGGAUUACGCCAAUCACCAAUUAACAUUGUCACCAGCAAAGUGCACGUCAACAGCGCCCUGCCACCCUUCAACUUCAUCGGCCACACCAACACAAUCAACAUAACGGUGGAAAACAAAGGACACUCUGCUCACUUUGCUCUGCCGCAGUCGGUCCGACUGACUGGAGGAGCUCUGCCUGGUCACUACAGAGCCGCCCAGUUUCACUUCCACUGGGGAGGUGAGGGCAGACCAGGGUCAGAGCACACCAUUGACGGAGAGAGGUUUCCCAUGGAGAUGCAUAUAGUCCACAUCAAGGAACCGUACGGCUCUCUGGCAGAGGCGGAGCAUGAUAUGGCGGGUAUAGCUCUGCUGGCCUUCCUGUUUGAGGAAACAACAGAUGAUCAUCCUGAUUUGGAUGCAGUAAUAGCUGCUUUGGGCCGAGUACAAAACAAUGGCAGCAGCACAGUGAUCCGAAACUUUCGACUCAGUGACAUUAUCCCAUCAGCAAAGGACCUCCAUAGUUACUACCGUUACGUGGGCUCCAUGACGACUCCAGGGUGUGAACAGGCUGUUGCCUGGACGGUGUUUCACAGGACCUUACCCAUCAGCAGUCGACAGCUGGAUGCAAUAGUUAAGCAGUGUCGAUUCUGGACGGGACAGCCCAUGACCGACAUCUUCAGACCUACGCAGCCUCUGGACGGCAGAGUCGUGUACCGGUCCAAGGCAAGUGCAGCUCUGACGAGUGUAAUCCACUUGUGGUUUGGCAUUUUCUCAGUUGUGCUUGGGACAACGUGUCUGAUACACUGACUCAGCACAUAAAAACACCUGAUUUAAGAGACAAAAGCUACUGUAUGUAUAAAGGCAACUUUAACCUGUGUGAUAGUGAAACAACAAACUGUGGUUUAUUUUUAAAGUUAUUCAUUAAACGUAAUGUCACCUGCAUUUGCACACAAACUACGGUGCGCUAAAUCCAGUUAUUGUGCAAAGUGACAGGAAUUCAGCUGUGCAUAGCACUUAGUCUCUGUUAAGUAUUAGUGUGUGAGUAGGAUCUUUACCUCAGCAGGCCUUAAUGUCAACUUUCCUUAUUUUUUGUCAUUAGGGGUCAAUAUUUUAUAUCCACAAGCUAUAGCUUUACAUUACCAGUAAUCUGCUGUUCCUUUUAUGUGUUUUUUCAGUGAGUUAAAAGUGUGAUAAGUAAAAUCAAAGUGUAGGAUUUGGGGUUUACAAUAGGUUUUUUUCCUUCUGAUAGUUGCAAGCUGAAGGACUUUCCUUUGUCAUGAACUGCUUUUUCUUCUUUACUUGUCGUGUGUUGUUUUCUUCACUGUCGUUCAGACAGUUAAAAGUAGAUCAGAACAUCAAGGCAUUUCUAGAUGCACUGUACAUUUCUUAAUUUUUUAGGAAAAACCAAACGAGUUCUACAUGUACAUAAAUGCCUAAGAUUCCCUGC